UGCACCUCAAACGUUAAUUGCCACCCGGCAUGAAACCAAAAGACAAACUACAUUACCCCGAACCCUGCCCUCCCGGCGCAUGCGCAGUGUCAUCAUAACGACCACAAGGCGAUCUGUUUUCAGUAGCAACCGACGCUCCGGAAUCAAUACAGCGGUUUCAAAGAUUAUGUCCACUGUACUCGAUGACACAGCCGGGGACGUCCCAGUCAGAGACUUCCCAGUCCAGCUGUCCCCACUGACUGCAGAUGAGUGGCUGCAUCAGAAUGCGCGGGUGCAGCAGGACAUCUCGCGGGUGUCCCGGGAGGAGCUGGAGGACCGGUUCCUGCGCCUCCACGAGGAGACGCUGCUCCUCAAACAGAAAACACACAAACAGGACGACAAGAUCAGGAAGCUGGGCACUAAGUUGAUGCGUCUGCUGAAGGACCGUAGUCGUAUGGAACAGCUGGCAGGAGGUCAGGCAGGAAGUCAGGCAGGAGGUCAGGCGGGGGUCCGGCUGCGUGACGUGGAACUGGAGGAGGUGAUGGAGGAGCUGCAAGAGGAGGUGCGAGGCCUGCAGGCAGAGAACUCUGGGCUGAAGCAGCGCCUCCUGGUGGUCAAGCAGCAGCUCCUCACCUCCAACAGCAGGAGGUCCGCGCCCUACGGCCGAGUCCCGUCACGAGUCAACUCUGGGUUAAAGAAACUGCGGGACGCCUCCCCCCCCCCCACACAGCUGAAGAGAGUCCGGAGGUGGGGGGGGCGGCCUCCUACGGGCCUCCUGCCUCGGUUUGGACAUAGCCUGCUGGAGGAGGCCCGGGCCGAGGUCCGGAACCUGGAGAACGUGAUGGAGCUGCAGCGGUGCCACGUGGAGGAGAUGGAGGUGGAGAAGGAGGAGCUGAGGGAGGAGCUGAGGAGGAGGGAGGAGGAGUAUAAGGAGAAACUUCAACAGCAGACCUCCAAACUCAGGGCUCAGGUGAGCAGCAACGUGGCCAUCAUCAAGCUCCAGAAGCAGCUGCAGGAGAGGAGCAGCAGCGUCUCCGAGCUGGAGGCCCGUUUUAUCCAGCUGCAGGAGGGUCAGAGAACGCUCAGGCUGAGUCACGACGCUGCGCUGCUGAAGGUGGACGAGCUGUCGGCUCAGCUGAAGGACGAGAGGAAGACGAGUCUGGAUCUGGAGAGGAAGCUGCAGAGCAUCACCAUAUCCAGGCUGGAGCUGGAGCAGCUGCAGGAGAGGAUCAGUGAGGUGGAGCAGGAGAGAGACCUGCUGAAGGACAACAACGAGAAACUGUUGAACAGCGCGCUGGAUGUGUCCUGGCAGCAGAGGGUCCAGCUGCAGGAGCAGCAACUGAGGCUGCAGAUCUGUCGGCUGGAGACGGCGCUGCAGGCCGACCUCGUCGAUAAAAACCAAAUCCUGGACCAGAUCCAGACAGAGAGAGAGUCGAGUGAGAAGCUGGUGGAGGAAAACAGGAACCUGCAGAUCCAGUUUCUGGAGCAGAAGCAGCAGCUGGAGGAGAUGAACGAUCGUCUGAAGUUCUACAGCAGGGAGAACCAUUACGACGUGGCUGAACUCACUGAGGCUCUGCUUCUCAUUAAAAAGCAUAAAUCUAAGCAAAGUGGGGAGCUUGGCUUCCUGCAGGAGGAGGAGCUGCAGGAGCUGCAGGAGCUGCAGGAGCUGCGAGCCGCUCACGCUGAGACCAUCCAGGAGCUGCAGAAGACCCGCAGCCUCCUGAGCAUGGAGAGCAGCAUCUGCAGGGACUACAAGGUGGAGCUGCAGGCAGUGCUGCAGAAGAUGGAGGCUGACGGGGGGGGGGGUUGGCAGCAGCUACAGCGACAGGCCGUGCUGCUCGACAGCCGGGCUGCCAGGAUCCAGAAGCUUGAAGCUCAGCUCAGAGACGUGGCCUACAGCAGCAGAGCACCGGUCUGCCUCUCCGCCCCUGAUGAAGCGGAGGAUGAAGAAGAGCUCUUGCAGAGCUGGGAGAACCUGCUGGAGCUGCAGCUGCUGGGAGCCUCCCUGUCGCCUUCCGCCCUGCAGGCUCUGGGAGACCAGGAGCCCUCCACCUUCUGCACCUACGCCUUCUACCUGUCGGAGCUGCACUGCACGCCUGUGGCCUGGGGCCCCCGGCCGCGCUACGGCUUCACCUCCCACUACGUGGUGAGCGUGGAUGCUGGCUUCCUGCAGUACCUGCAGCACGGGGUGGUGAGGGUGGAGCUGCACCAGGCGCUAGGCGUCGACUGGAGGACGCUGGCCGGCGCGAAGCUCCGCCUGCAGCCGUUGCUGGAGGCAGGGGGGACGGUGCAGGGGAGCGUGCCGCUGCUGGGGAGCGUGCCGCUGCUGGGAGGGAGUGAGGAGACCCAGAGAUUUGGCUCUCUGGAGUACAUGCUGAGGCUGAGGGUCCCGAUGAAGGAGACCCUGCGUCUGCACCGAGACCAGCUGCUGCACCCGGGACUGAGCACAGACACCCAGGUGGUCUUGCCGCAAAGGAACGAGCUGUGUAUCACGCUGCAGCGCUGCAUGGACCUGCGAAGCCCCUCCCUGCCCAGCCCUUACGUGGUCUACAAGUUCUACGACUUCCCGGACCAUCCCACGGCCACCGCCCCCUCCUGCUGCAGCCCCCGCCUGGAGGACCGGAGGGCCUUCCCCGUGCUGAUGGAUGCCGCGCUGCACCACUACCUGCAGAGCGAGGCGCUGCAGCUCUACGUGUUCGACUACAAGCAGCAGCGCAUGGACACCUACCUGGGGAAGACCCAGGUCCCUCUGCUGCCUCUGGCCCGGGACCAGGGGGUCUCCGGGCGGUUUGAGCUGAGAGACCCCUCCGGUCUCCCCUCCGGACACAUCGAGUUGACGCUGCAGUGGAGGUCCUCCUACCGUCCUCCACCUGAGAGCCGACCUGCAGAGGAGGAGGACGACGAGGAGGAGGAGGAGGAGGACGAGGAGGAGGAAGUCGGAGACGUAGACAAGGCUCUGCAAGAGAAGGAGAAACUCCCUCACCCCUCCCCUCUCUCCCUCCCCCAGGUCUCUGCGUCUAAGGCCCUGCUGCCCAAACUCAGGCAGAGGACACGAUUAAAGGACGGACCACCAGCCAAGAAGGUCUCCUUCAUAGAUCCCUCUGAUGUAGAACAGGGUUUGUCAGCAGUGACUCCACCUGCAGAGGAAGAGGAGGAGUCUUAUGUGUCGGAGGGUCAGCUGGUGCCGGUCAGCUCUCAGUCUCUCUCCUCUGACUCGGAGAUGUCGGAGGAGAUCCUGCAGGAUGCUGCUCCUGCAGAGGAGUCGUCCAGUGAUGACUGCAUAGUGGGGGGGCGCAGCGUGGGGAGGAAGGUCUCUGAGCGUCUGAGGGUGGAGGUGGUCUCUCUGAGUCUGUCUCCGGGGUCCCGGGUGUCUCUGGACCAUAGCCUGCAGCGCCUCUUUGUGGAGUUCUGUCUGCUGGACCUCCCCACCGAGGAGACCCCGCUGUCCCUCCCCAAGCCCCCCCCAGGCAGCAGCAUCAACUUCAACUACAGCAAAGUGGUCCCGGUGGACGCGCAACAGCAUGGGUCACGGCGCCGCCUUCUGAGGGGGGUCCUGCAGGGAAGACUCCCCCACAUGGAGAGGAUCCGGUUCACGGUGGUGAGCGAGCCCCCGGUGGAGGAGGAGCAGGAGAGAGAGUGUGAGGAGGUCGGGGUCGCCUUCAUCCGCAUCCCCGAAAUAAUUGAGACACACACCGAGCUGCUGGAGAGGAGGCUGCAGGUGCUGAACAUGGAGAGGGAGGAGGUGGGCACACUGACGGUUUCUGUGGAAGGACUGGAGGGUCUGCAAGCCAUCAUGGAGGAGGAGGAAGAAGUAGAGGAGCAGUGAAGAAGAGGAGGAGCAGCUCCUCCUUGCUCCUCCAUCCUGAGGCACAGAGCAGUCUCUGUGGAUCCUGCAGGUUUUCCUACAGACAGUUUGUUCGACGGUCAAUAAAAGCAUGUAAAGCUG